GGGGCGGGGCCUCCGGAGCCUGGCCUCGGCGGCAGCUCCGCACGUGCCCCGCGGACUGUGAAGAGGUGCGCCUGGGGUGCGGCGGGCUGGCCGCGUGCGGGGCCGGCGCGGGAGACCCGCGCGGCGCGGAAGCUUCCGGUGGGGAGCCGAGAGGCCAGCUGGAGUUUGUCUUCCCUGCCACAGACAAACGAAGCGAAACGCAGGGGCCUCUGGGAGCUUGGAGGACUUCAAACCCUUCGUUUCGGCGGGGCGGUGGCGGAGCUCGCCCUUCAUCCCGGCACUGGAGAAGCGGGGGCGGGUGUGUGCUCGAGGCCAGCCUGGGCCACAGAGGGAGUUCCAGGACAGCCAGGCCACCCCGAGAAACCCGACCGACGGACCGACUGACUGACCUACCGACCAAACAAAACCAAAGCUGGGCGCCGCGCCCCGUGCCCAUGAUCCCAGCACUCAGAAAAGGCAGAGGCAGUUGGAUUUCUGGUGAGGGAGUCCAGGACAGCCAAGACUACACAAAGAAGCCCAGUCUCAAAAAAUAAAACAACAACAAAAACCAUUUUAUUACAUUUAUAUACUGAGAGGGAGUUAGGUGAAAGUUAGAGGACAGAGAAGUGGGGCUUUUUCAGGUUUGUUUUAUUUUGGUUGGUUGGUUGGUUUUUUAGAGACAGGGUUUCUCUGUGUAGCCUUGGCUGUCCUGAACUCACUCUGUAGACCUGGCUGGCCUCGAACUCAGAGAUCUGCCUGCUUCUGCCUCCCCGAGUGCUGGGGUUACAGGUGUAUGCCACCACACCGAGCUGCUUUUCAAGACUGAAUGCAGAUUGGCCUGAAGAUGCUGUAGCUGAGAAGCAGCUGUAGGGUCCUAUCAGUUCCCCACUGUGGUCCCCUGGACUAGCAGUAGGCCCUGCACUCCUGAGGAUGUCCGCUGUAUUGUUCUACAUCCACCAAAUCAUGUUCAGGAGUCUCAUAUCCCGUCUGGAAAAGAAAGAGCCCAGAAGUAAUUAUUAAGAAAAAAUUCUCAGGCUGGAGAGAUGGCUCAGUGGUUAAGAGCACUGUCUUCUCUUCUAAACGACCCAAGUUCAAUUCCCAGAACCCACAUGGCAGCUCACAACUGUCUGUAACUCCAGUUCUAAGAGAUUUGACACCUUCACACUGAUACACAUAAAGAAAAAUUUACUUAAAAAAAAAAAAGGAAAAAAUUCUCAAGAGUGUUGGAUGGGGUCAGAGGGAGGAGUCACUCUGACUCCUAGGACCACCCUCUUUUCACACACUGUCUUCCUUUAUUCAUUCCGGCCAGAACCCUUCUUGCAGAAAAAGUGGCUCCAGUGUUCUCUUGCUUUCUUAUUAAAGAGGGAACCCUGCACUUGAAAGUUUCAAUUGUGUGCAUUUCAGAGGCCGUUUACCUUGAUGGAUAGGCAUGUCGGAAGGACUUAUCUCGUCAUUAGUCAUGUAUGGUAGCAUCAUCAAGGAGAAGGCUUUGGCUGAUAAGAUCCCUCUAUUCUCUGGAAAGUUAAAAGCUUAAUGUUAAUAGCUGGCAAGUAAAAGCACAAAAGACAAGCUCAGGUUGAGGAAAUUAGCCCUUGUGUCCUUAGAUAUAGUUAAAAUAUAAUAAGGAUAUGCUCCCCCGCCCUUGUAGAGAGGCUUUAGGUAUAUAGUCUAUGGUGGCUUUGAAUUCUGUUCUUUUGCUUCCGCUUCUCUAGUGCUGGAACCAUUAUGAUGUACCACUAAUGACUGGCACUAUUACAGAAGCAUAACAAUGAAUUUUAAUGUCUGGAAUAUCAAGGAGAUGUUCAGUAUUCCCUCAGGCUCUGGGGUCACUAAACCAUCUAACUGGAAGAGCAAUCAGACUGAUUGUUCUCUCAGUGACUCUCAGUUCCUCUUUGGAUCUCAGUUUUGUCCAGAAAAUUCAGAGACUCUGUUAGCAUCCUUGGAUGCUGAUGUCAACUCAAGACACCAAAAACAGACUCAACAGAGUUCUGUAGAUAAUGAACCUAGUAUUUUCACAAAAUACCAGACGAAGCCCCAGUUGUUUGGAGGUGAUACAAAGGAUGAAGGCUUAUUUUCUAUUCCUUUGCCAGCUGGAAAAUCAAAAGGACUCUUGAAACAGUUUGAGGAGAAAAAACGAAGGGCAACGGACAAAUGUGACAGUGAGUUGCUGUACAACUUUGUUUCUCAUUUUCAAGAAGUUAUUAACAAGUUGCAGACAUCUGUGGAAAAGUCUGAGAAACAUCUCAGUUCAAGAAGCCAAUCUAUUUUGGAUUCUUUGGAGUCCAUAGCUGAGACAUUUCAAGAGACUGCACGGGUCCAGCAUGACCUGAUGGUUGAGGCAGUACAGGAAAAAAGCAGUAUGGAGCAGACCAUCCUUGAGAUACGGAAGAGAUCUGAAGCUAGACAAGCAGAUUUUAUAGAGAUGAAAUCCAACCUCAAGAACCUUGAAGUUUUAGUUGCCCAGCAAAGUAAUAACUUCCAGCAGCUUUGUGAGAACCUGGGCCAGCUCAAUGUGCCUAGUAUCCUAGAGGAGCUGAAAAAAUUUGCCUCUGUGUCUCAGGUGGCCCAGCAUCUGAAAGACAGCUCCUCCCAGACCUCACCGUCUCUGGCUCAGAGCCCUCAUUUUACCAUGCAGGAAAAAUAUCCCUCUGAGGAGCCAGCUACUUGGCAGGCCCAGGUGUCUCUUGCAGGGAAUCCCAGCAAGAGUUUCCAGAGGCCUGGGAAGUUUGCAGGGGCAGAGAGUGAUGGUUUUCAAAAGGCUGCAUUGCCAGCGGAUGGGCCCCAUAGAGGAAAUGAGCAUGUAAAGAAUAAGAUUUACUGCAAGAACUGGGUUAUGACAACCAGGAGCCUCAGCAACCGCUGCUCUAACCUCCCAAGCCAGGAGGUGGCCAGUGACUGGGAUCAAAUUGCCCAAGAAGCUUCUCAGCUGGGCUUAAAUAAGUGUGAAGCCAGAGUAAAGAAUACCUGCCCCGAAUAUGAAACCCAAAGCAUGUUUUCUUUUGACUCAUUUGAACAGUCAGCAGCUGAACAGAAAGGUGGGACCUGCAGAAAAGGGAGGAAAAGCAAGAAGCAGCCAUCCAGGAAGUCAAAGAGAGGCAGGUAUUUAGCUAGGAAGCAAGAACAGACCCCAAGGAAGGAAUGUGCUUUUGUCUCUAAGCAUCACAGUUCUCAGUCUCCAGUUUCUAGCUCACAAGGGCCCCUCUUGCGUCGGCUGGCUCCAAGAGGCUCCACGAAGUCAGCCUGUCAGAAUUUGGAAGGAACAGUGAAGACCAGUAAGGCAGCACAAGGGAACCGCCUGCAGUCUACUCAGAGUUUCAGCAGUUUCCAGGGGGAGCAGCAGAUAAACUGGUUCACUGACCUCAGCCUCGAAAUCCCAGAGCCGCCUCUGUUUAAGAAGGGAGGGAAGAAUUUGCUCUGUGAUCCAGAUUUUGAUAGCAGCGAUGAUAACUUGUAGAUUUGCCACAGUGACUUUAGCUGAUGGUUUGUUGAUUUCAGAAAAACAAUCCUAGACCGUUUGGGCUGGGCAGUAGUACAGUAUCUGCAGCUGGUUUAUCCAGAGUCAGAGACCUUGACUGACUGACAGCAGGAGUAGGGGAGAAUCUCAUACUUUGGGUAUCAGUUGCCACUCAUGACAAAGGGAAGUUACAGGGAAGAAAUGUGUGAAGGGAGCUCAUGCAGCAGCCUUUGGUGAGGCUUCAGGAAGGUGGCUGUGUGUCCUUGGUGAAAGGGGCAUUAGCUUCCUUAUGGAAUACUAGUUAGAAGAACUCUCACAAAACUGUUGGGACUGCAUGACCAGCUCUCAAAGCAUUCCCUGCACCUGAUGGAUACCUUUUUGAGCCACAGCAUCUUAUUUUCUUUAUCUAGUUAUGCUAACAGAGUUUUCUCUUUUCCAUUAGGGAGCACAUUACAGUUACACUAUUAGGCUAGUGCUAAUUCUACAAGCAUGUUUCAGUUCUCAGCUAUAAAUCAGUCCACUUAAGAACAGAGUGUUAGCCAGGUGGUAGUGCUACAUACCUUUAUUCCUAGCACUUGGGAGGCAGAGGCAGGUGGAUCCCAAGGCCAGCCUGGUCUACUGAGUGCGUUCCAGGACAGCCAAAGAUACAUGGAGGAAAAAAAAAAAAAGAAGAGUGUUAAAGAUGCCUAUGAAAGUUGGGCGUGGUGGCUCACACCUGUAAUCCUAAUAUUCAGGAAGCAGGGACAGAAUUGCUUCAGAUUUGAGGCCAGCCUGUCCUAUGUAAGGAGUUCCAGACCCAUUACAUUAUAAGAUCCUGGUGUGUGUGUGUGGGGUGCCUUUGAGAGAGAGGUGACCCACACCAAACAACUUCAUAGCACUGGGAGUCUUAAGCCAAAUGUGUCUAUUAUUUUUUUCUUGGCUGUUUUCUACAUUUAGUUUUUUAAUUACUUUUUGUUGUUGGUUUUUGUCUUACAUGGCCCAUGCUGGCUGGCCUCUUACGUACUGUUGUAACCAAAGGUGACAUUGAGCUAUUUCUGAUCCUUUUGCCUCUACUCCUGGCUUCUUAAAUCACUCUUUUCCCCCCCUCUUCCUGGUACUGAGGAUCAAACCUAGGGCCUUGCACAGUGUAAGCAAGCACUCUACCACCAGGCUACGCACAGCCUUCCAAUCACUCUCUUAAACUUAAUGUCAUUUGAAAAUAACAUAAUAUCUAAUACUUCAUAUGCUAAUUAAAAUAAUUUGGGUUGGAGAGAUGGUGUGCACUCUCGCCAAGGAACAGAGCUCUGUGCCCAGUGUCUACAUCAGCAGCUCACAGCUGCCUGUAACUCCAACUCAGGGCAUCUGAAGCUCUCUGCUGACACCCUUGGACACCUGCACACGCGUUGCAUACAUACACACGCACACACGCAUUACAAAGCAUAAAUCUUUCUGAGAUUGCUCUCUCUGUGAACCCCCGGCUGGGCUGUCCUGAGAGUCAGAGAUCUGCUUGCCUCUUUCUCUAGAGCGAUGUGAUUAAAAGUACACAACAUCGUGCCUGGCAAAAUAAAACUUGGAAAAAAAAAAGCUCUUACCUCAGGGUCCCAAGUUUUCCACAGAGUUCUGAGUAAAAUUUAAAAACACCAAACAAACAAACAAAAAACCCUACUGUAUCUGUGGACCCUGCACUGUUGUUGGAGCACAGCGGGCUUUUACACUAGACUCUGGCGUUCCAUUUAUAGCUUGCUGAUUUUUUUUUUAGAUUUACUUAUUAUGUAUGCAAUGUGUGUUUGCAUGUACACCUGCAUGCCAGAAGACAGCACCAGAUUUCACUUUAGAUGGUUGUGAGCCACCAUGUAGUUGCUGGGAAUUGAACUCAUAGCCAGCGCUCCUAACCUCUGAGCCAUCUCUCCAGCCCUUUUACUUUUGUUUUUAAAGAGCCUAUAGCUCAUGAUUACCUGCAAUCCAGGCUAGGCUCAAAUUCAUGGUAAUCUCUUUCAACAUCUCAAACACUGGGGUUAUGGGCAUAAACCACCAUGGCUGACUUUGGAUUUGUUUCUGUUUUUGUUUUUAAAACACAUGUCAUUUUUUUGUAAUUAGAAAAAAAAACAAAACACCAAAACAAAAACUGGGCUAGGAGGUGGCUCAGAAAUUAAAGCACUUGUCACCCCAGUGUAAGAAGCAGAGUUCACAUCCCCAGAAAUGCACAUUAAAUGCUGAGUGGGUGAGCCCUCCAUCUGUAAUGCCAGCCUUGGCCGUGGAGAGAAGCCCCAGAGUGACCUGGCUAACAAGACUUGCCUUGUCUGUGAGCUCUGGCUUGCUGAACAGAUGGCCCCUCAACAGAUAGCCGAUUGAUUGAAGAUGGCUCCUCACCUGGGCUUCCAUGUACGUGUGCACCAGCACCCACAUAUGCCCAAACACACAAACACCCGAGCACCACACCAACACAAGUGCAAAACAGAAAAAAAAAAACAAAAACAAAAACAACCAAAUCUCUGGAUGUGGUGGCACAUGCUUGCAAAUUCAGGGGACCUGGGGCAACAGGACCCUAGGCUGAAUGCCCACCCAAGGCUACAUAGUGAUACUGUGACUCAAAUGGAAAAGAGAAAGGGGACAGAGAGAAAGGAAAAAAACAGAAAAGAAGUAGUGAGGGAACUGGAAUGGGGAGAAACGUCGUGGAUGAGUGGUGCCCUAAAACUGUUUCCAAGCCAGUCUCCAGCCGCUGGUGAUGAAACUGUUGUUGAAAGCAGUGACUCUUAAUUCCUUUCUUUUCAGGAAUGUGCUUCCCAUAAAUUUCUGGAGUCUAUGAUGCCAUUGGCAGGGUGCCAGACACCCCCCAACCCCAGUCUGUUCUCCCAUUUCCAGACCAGGGGCCUUCCGUAGCUUGUACCACCUACAUGUAUGGGCAGGCACAGCCAUCCUCUCAGGCCAGAAACAUUCAAACCUGGAUUCCGCCUCAGGCGGCCCUGGCCUCUCCUUCCUGUGGACCAUAUAAGGGGCUGUUUACUUCACCCUCUGCAGCCUCCAUUUCCAGCUGGGCUUCACUGCUAGGGAAGUCUGAGGAGCAGGAGCCUCACUACAGGAAAGGUCCAGCACUUCCCAGACUCACUGCUGGCGCUUACAGACCUGUCAGAGGGAAGCUUUGAGACCAAAGGACCACACUCCUGCUAAACUGUACUACCAGUUACAUUUUAUUUUAUCUUUUGUUGAUGUUUGUUGUUUUAAUAUUUUAACUUAAAGUUAAAAUCCUGUGACUUUAAAUAGUUUUUUUUUCCCAAUUAGUAUUUAUGACCGAGCCCUUCUUGAACCAUCUAACUGUAAAGAUGGGCCCUGUGUUAGUCUGCUGCUGUAACGUGCUCUGUUUCUUCAUUUUGUGUAAUGGCAUCAAAGUUCAGUGUGAUUCGGUGUCCAUUGGUUCGGUAUUUUAUAGAAUAAGUGAUAAACUUUACUCCUAACGAGGCUGAGAUAAUGAAAAAUUACACCGUAUAUCUCUGGCAGUUACCAGGAAAGACUAUUGUUUUUUACUUUAUUCCUAUGGCUUUUUACUUUUUUUUUUUUUUUUUUUUUUAAUGUUCCUGCCAGACUUGGUGAGCGUGACACAGUCCCAAGCACGUCCCUUGGAACACAACAUUUUUGGCUCUUCAGAUGCUCCUAGGAGCUGUAUGUAGCUACACAGGGGCGGAUGGAGUGGGAGCGUGGAGGGCCUGAUGAGUGCUCCUCCCUCUGUUACUCCAGGAUGGAAAUUAAGUUGACUGCAGCACUUGAUGUAUUGACUUACAAAUUACCAGCAAAAUGGCCUUUCUUACAUUUUGUGUGUGUGUGUGUGUGUGUGUGUGUGUGCUCUCGAGAUCGCGCUGGUUCUCUCAUUCUCUCAUACCGUGAGGGUUCUGAGGAUCAUUCAUCCGCUUCCACUGAUUUAUCUCACUGAUCUCAGUAUUCUUGUUUCAGUUGCCUAAACCAGGAAUGUAGAUUCCAGAACAUCCACCUUGUCCUUGCUGUGUCCUCAGCAUACAGGAGAGUAUCUCACUUGGUACUUCCUGGGAGCAGAUGCUGCAGUUUUAGGCACAUAGCUCUUUCAAAACCCUGUCUGUCUUGAAGCCUGGUGGUGGUGGUGCACACCUUUAAUCCCAGCACUCAGGAGGCAGACGUAGGCAAGAUCUCUGUGAUCUGGUCUACAGAGCGAGUUCCAGGACAGCAAGAGAUACAGAGAAACCCUGUCUCAAAACAAAGCAACAAAACCCUAUCUUGAAAUUUGGCCUUUCUAUAGAAUCCUUUUUUGCUGCACUCCCCCUCCCCCACCCAACUUGGCUACAAAAGGCUCCUGCUUAUGCCCACUUCUCUCUCACUGAAAAUUUCUAGCAACUUUUCCUUCACCCAGUGUUCCCAGAAAGCAGCUGUCUCUCUGCCCUCUCUGGAUAGGACAAAACUCUUUCCCAUACAUUUUCCAGACAGCCUACUACAAAGAGUCCUUCCUUGGAUCCCAUGUCAAAUACAUUUCCUGAGUGAAACUUUUUUCUUCUGUAAAUAUUUAGUUCGAAUUUAAAAUAUUAAUGUUCUCCCACGCCAAGAAGAAAACAACCUGCUAGAACCUUAUAUGAUCUAGGGGUGACAGUCUUUCAGCAAUCUUCAACAAUCAGGCAAUCAGGUAAACGGCUUCUGAAGCCUCCCUAUUUCCAUGAGUCUUACCUCCCCCCCACCCCCCCACCCCACCCCCGCAUAUUAAGAUCAUUGCCUCCGUCAGACCCACAUGGGUCCUAGAUGAGCCCUUUUCACAGCCUUAAACAUCUUAAACUUUCAUCUGUGUCAAGGAUGCCCUUAACAUCCUGCUAGUUUGUUCCUGGUGCAAAGGUAAGGGACAAAAAGAUCCCCCAACUGCCUGUUUCCUUCUUGUUCUCUUGAUUCCUCUAGGAUCUUCUCGAGGUUGAAAGGGGAAAAUCCAAGAGAAGGCCAAGGAGUUAGGGAAAUCAGACAAGAGGUUACUGUGCUGUUCCCCACGUGGAGAACAGGAGGCAAGCUGGGGGAGUCCCGCAGUGCCUGAUGGAGCUUCCCCUCUGGCACAGGCACAGAGGCUUGCUAACUGGCAUGCCCUGGCGCGGCAGCCAGUGCUAGCACACAGGUGGUUCAGCGGGCCUGCCCUCAGGUCCUAGCAAUUACCACAUCAUCACUGCUGCCAGCUGUGCCAGGUAUGGGAGCUCUAAGAACCCCUGUCACUCAGCCCUCUCUUUCUCUGUGUUCUGGCUUCCCUCUGUCCCCACGUUCUUUCUCUCUCUGCCCUGGGCAUCCCCUUUCUCUCCCUUCCUGACCCCUCAUGCUUCACUCACUGUCUCUAUCCCUUCUCCAGGCCCCAUUCUCCCCACAAUAAACUUCCUCGCACCAGAUCUAUUGUGUGGUGCAUAGUUCCUUCAGGAGGUACACUUGGCCUUCAGCAUGGUGCCACCCCAUCACUGCUGUGUCGUCUUUACACAUCAUAACAGGCAUGCUUGGGAUUGUGGGGAGCACGGCCACAUAGUUGGCCUGAGGGCAAUGUCAUUUUCAAGCUCUGACAACAGCUGCUCUGCCCUUGCCUGGCUUGCCCCUAUAUUUAACCCUCUUUUUGCAGCAACCCUCCCUAAGCCUCCUUCAGCCGUCCAAUCUUUUGUUCUAGGAACAUCUGCAGACUAGCUCUUGCCUUAUUGUCUCAGAGUCAACCAGUCUGCUUCUAAAGCUUUGGAUUUGGCAUAUUGGUGAGAUGCAGCCAUAGAACCUGAAAAUCAUAAGGACAGAUGGGCCCAGAUUCUCAUAUGCCUUAUGCUGUGAUUUGAGUUUGCAGCUAGCAGGUUCCACCGUUCCUAUUUAUUCUUGAAUUUGCCUUGUUUCUAUUUUGAUUCUGGUAGUUCAAAUUGCAGUUUGGUGUUUCCACGGAAACAAUUCAGUGAUUGUUUGGUGUGCCAAGAUGAACUGCGGGGGAGGAAGCCGAAUGACGUCAAACACUUUAAAGUUUUUCAGACAUGGCUAGGGUCAACAGUCAUACAUCAUGAAUGCUUUGGACUCUGAAGACCUUUAGUUUUAUUAAAUGCUAUAUUCUAGGUUCCGAUAUCCUGCCCAGCAAAUUCCUGAAAAACAGUUCCUCCUACUCCUGCUGAGCAGGUGACAAAGGCAGGAAGGGCCACUAGGGGCACAUUAGGAAGCCAGGGGACAUAAACAGGUGAGGAGGGUGUCUAUAUCCAGCUGAGGAAUCUGGGGCUGCCCUGUCAGAGAUUUGGGGCUCACCUACUUUGCCAAACAUCUGCUUCUACAGUGAGGAAAAAAUAUCCAUUUGGAUGGUAUUUAAAAUUAAUUACUUAUUUCAUAAAUCUGAUUUUCACAUAAAGCGUUUUCUAGAAGAAAACCAAAGUCUCCCUGUCUGGCCAGAGGGACCUUGGAUUAUCCUUCCUUGUCUAUCAUAUCCUUGUGUUGGGCCCACAUUCCCACGGGCCAGUCAACACCAUGAGCAAAAACAAAAGCCUGUCACCUCAAAGGGUCCCAUAGUUAGGGUUCCGUCCUCAGUUAGGGUUCCGUCCUCACCCACGGCAGCCAUUUCCCCUUCAGAGCUCUGCCUGACUAGACCUUGGCUGGUGAGCUCAACAGGGACUCUGAUGAGACCGGCAGCUCCCAGCCUGAGGAUUCAGAGCCCUCCUCAGGGGUCCUGCAGGAGUCCUGUGUGGCCCUGGGACUCAGCCACUCAGUUCUCACAGACAGUACAGUUGGUGGCAGAUAAGUACAAAGAUCCAUGGUGACUGAUGGAGGUGGGGAUUCAAGGCUGGGGGUGAAGCCCAGUGACAAAUGCUCGCCUGGUGGAGGUCUGAGUUCUGCAGACACACACACUUGGAUUUCUUUUUACUGAAGUGAUACAUGUCUGCUCUAGAUAAAAACAAAAUAUUUUUUUAAAACUACUGUAAUUUCCUUUGAUGCUUCCCUACAAAUUUUGUUUAAAUGUUUAAAAAUAAAGGUAGGAGUUGAUUGCAUUUUUAAAUGUUAAAUUUUAGAGUAACUGUAGAUUUACAGAAAACUUUAUAUAGUAAGCAUGUGUAUACUCUGCCCGCUUUCCCAGUGUUGAUAUAUAACCAAUGUGUGUGUGUUAAAACCAGGAAACUGGUAUCAGUACCUUAAAUGCCAGCCUUCGUGUAGACCCCACUCAGUGCUGUUAAUAUCCUGUUCUGUUUUAGCAUGCAGUGCAAGCGUCACAUGCUUACUUAGCCAUUGUGUCUUCUUAGCCCGCUAGUCAAGAGGGUUGAAUUUUUUUCUUUUUUUUUUUUUUUUUGACAGGGUUUCUCUGUGUAGCCCUAGCUGUCCUGGAACUCACUCUGUAGACCAGACUGGCCUCAAACUCAGAGAACCACCUACCUCUGUCUCCACAGUGCUGGGAUUAAAGGCUUAUGCUACUACUGCCUGGCUAGUCAGGGUUUUGUUUGUUUAUUAUUUAUUUUUAGGCAGGUAUGGUAGUAUUUUAAAAAUUGGCUGUUGGGCUAUAAAAUGUUUAUUAUUAGCCAUAAGAUUAUUGUGGCGGUAUUAUUUAACCCCCUUUCACAAAUAAUAAAGACACAGACACCUGUUAGAUUUGUAAUUGCCUUACUUACCUUGGGCCGAGCAGAUAUUUCACUUACACUGUCUCAGUAGCCUCACCAUCCAUCUCCCAGCCCCCAUCCAGUGCCAUCUGCCUUAAUCCUCCUCCACUGGACUACCUGUCAUCCACAGUCCCAGGUACUCUCUUUUAUUCUUUAUCUGGGUCUUUCCACGACAUUGUUGGAGUCCCUCUCCAGUCCCUCAUGGUUUUCUUCUCUGCAUCUACCCAUUCUGCCCUGCCCAGGUAUAGACAAUUUAGUGAACCGAUCAAGUAUAAUGUUAGGCAGGUUUACACAAACAAGGAUGGAUUUAUCUGGCAGGCAGUAACCAGAUCUUGAGUGCCAGUAGUUAGCAUUAGACCAGCCUCCAACAACAAGGGUUUGUGUAGUCUCGGCUGUCCUGGACUCAUGUUGUAAACCAGGCUGGCCUCAACUCCCGGAGAUCUACCUGCUUCUGCCUCCCAGAGUGCUGGGAGUACAGGGAUGUGUGACUGCUCCUGGCCCUAGUAAGGGGUUUUGAACCCUUAAAUUUUCAUGACCCUGAAAAAUUCCAAAGUUCUGCAGGGAUUCUAGAAUAUCCCCUUGUCUGGGUUUGGCUAUUAUAGACAGGAAGCACUUUUUUUCAGGUUUGCCUUGAAUACCGUCACAGUGGUUCUCAACUUUCCUAGCGCUUCCACGCUUUAAUACAGUUCCUUGUGUCAUGGCGACACCCAACCAUAACAUUUACAUUGCUACUUCAUAACUGUAAUUUUGUUUCUGUUGUGAACCGUAAUGUAAAUAUCUGAUAUGCAGGAUAUCUGAUAUGUGACCAUAUGAAAAGGUCAUUCAAUCCAACGGGGUGGAGACCCACAGAUUGAGAACCACUGCACUGUGAUGUAAUCAAGGAUGACUGUGAACUCUUCAUCCUCUUGCUUCAUCUCCCAAAUGCUGGAAUUAGAGGCAUUUAGCCACCAGUCUUUUUUUUUUUUUUUAAGACAGGGUUUCUCUGUGUAGUCUUAACUGUCUUGGAACUCACUCUGUAGACCAGGCUGCCCUCGAACUCUGAGUGCUGAUAUUAAAGGCAU